GGGUCUGUUAUAUUUUUUUAAAAGAAAAAAACUAACACGGUUGGCGGCGGUUGUGUGUUUUUCAUAUAAUCGUUGUGCCGCGUUGUUCGUGGUUCCUAAGCACCUAAAGAAGGAGAAGACGGACGUCGGCAAAACCCGGACCCGCUCACCAAAAAAAAAAAAUAAGACGAAACGAAAAAUUAUUAAAGCUGGAGCGGAACGGAUUUAGCUAACGCCUACAACAACAACAGCAAAGGCGGGGAAAGAAACCGACAAUCCUUGCCCUUGGAUUUUGCCAACCCAUCAGUCAGUCAGUCAGCCAUCCAUCCAUCCAUCCAAGUAAUCCAACCAAUCCAUUCAUCAAUAUGGCCAUCAAACCGGGUCUGGGGCGGAAGACAAGCCAAAAGAAUCCACCCAUCCUAAGUCAUGAGUUUGUGAUACAAAAUCAUGCCGAUAUUAUCUCCUGUGUGGCCAUGGUCUUUGUCGUCGGACUGAUGAAUGAAUCGACAGCGGCUUUUGCCAGUGCUUUCAUCUCCCUGCAUCAUAAUGUUAGCGGCGGUGAGGAUCCAACUAGGGAGCAGCCGUAUGGCAAGGCCUAUACCUAUAUAGCUGGCAUUAAGGAUUAUUGUUCGAUAUUUUUCUAUACGCUCACCUGCAUUAUAAUGCAUGCGAUAAUUCAGGAAUUUGUCUUGGACAAGAUAAGCAAAAAAUUGCAUUUAUCGAAAUUUAAAUUGUCCAGAUUCAAUGAAUCUGGACAAUUGGUAACAUUCUAUUUGAUAUCCUUCCUCUGGGGCUCGCACGUGGCCCUUAAAGAAGGCUAUCUGGGUCAAGUGUCACUCCUGUGGGAAGGCUUCCCCAAUCAUGCGAUGAGUUUCUUGCAUAAAUUCUACUUUAUCAUCCAACUGUCAUACUAUUUGCAUAUGCUGCCGGAACUGUACUUCCAAAAGAUCAAAUCGAAGGAGGAGCAACAGCCGAAGAUAAUACAUUCCAUUAGUGGCUUUACUUUGAUCGUGUUGGCCUAUUCGCUGAGCUUCCAGAGAUUGGCACUGGUAUUGCUGACACUCCACUAUUUCAGUGAGCUGCUGUCGCAUGUCUUCCAACUGAUCGGAGUGUUCGAUCGCGAGGAGCGUUUGUCUAAAUUGAGAGUGGUAAACAGCUUGUGCUUCUUCCUGGUGCGUUUCGCCACUUCCGUGAUUGGCGUUCUAACGCUUUACUAUGGCAUUGGCGGACUACGCUCCCUAUUGGCCUUGGUCGGCCUGAUAGCUCUGCAGGGUUAUUUGGUCUACUCAUUCAUUACCGAGCAACUGAGGGCCAAGCGUGAAGCGAAAAAGGAGGCUAAACGAGAGGCAAAACUGUUGAGUUCUUCAGCUGCCAGUCAAAAUCAGAAAUCCAAAUCCUCCUCAUCGAAAUCCUCGCUUAAGGACAAAGCGAAACGUAAAAAGGAAAGCGAUUUACCUGAAGCGGAUCAAUCCCAGACACCGAGUCCUUCCAAACAGAAGAUCAAAUAAUAUUGAUGAGGUGGCCAAAAUGGGAAUAUACACCUCGAUCAAGCGAAACACACACACACACAAAAUGAAUGCAACAAAAUCUUCUUCCGCUCACACACAAACACACACAUACACAAAUAUACACCACAACAAAACAAAAAAGAAAUGGAAACUCUGAAUUUGCAUUAACAAUUGUUUUAUAUUGAAAUUAUCUUUUUU